CUUCGCGCUCUAAGCUGCUGUCGGCGUGCGCGCUCGCCCCGCCCUGGUUGAAGUGAAGCCGGCCGGCCAGGCCUGCGCAAUUGCGGCGGCAGGGGAAGAUGGUGGAGGACGGCACCGAGGAGCUGGAGGACCUAGUGCAUUUCUCGGUGUCCGAGUUGCCUAGUCGUGGCUACGGCGUCAUGGAGGAGAUCCGGCGGCAGGGCAAGCUGUGCGACGUGACGCUCAAGAUUGGGGACCACAAAUUCAGUGCUCACCGGAUCGUCUUAGCAGCCUCCAUCCCAUACUUCCAUGCUAUGUUUACGAAUGAUAUGAUGGAGUGCAAGCAAGAUGAGAUUGUAAUGCAAGGAAUGGACCCAAGUGCCCUGGAGGCUCUGAUCAACUUUGCUUACAAUGGCAACCUUGCCAUCGACCAGCAAAAUGUGCAGUCACUGCUGAUGGGUGCAAGCUUCCUGCAGCUGCAAAACAUCAAAGAUGCCUGUUGCACAUUCCUCCGAGAAAGGCUUCACCCCAAAAAUUGCCUGGGUGUGCGCCAGUUUGCUGAGACAAUGAUGUGUGCUGUGCUUUAUGACGCAGCCAACAGCUUCAUUCACCAGCACUUUGUAGAGGUAUCUAUGUCAGAAGAGUUCCUGGCCCUGCCCUUGGAGGAUGUGCUUGAGCUGCUGUCUCGGGAUGAGCUGAAUGUGAAGUCAGAGGAGCAGGUCUUUGAGGCUGCAUUGGCCUGGGUCAGAUACGACCAGGAGCAGAGGGGGCCCUGCCUGCCAGAGCUGCUGUCCAAUAUCCGCCUGCCUCUUUGCCGGCCCCAGUUCCUAUCAGACCGAGUGCAGCAAGAUGACCUGGUGCGUUGCUGCCACAAAUGCAGGGACCUGGUAGAUGAAGCAAAAGACUAUCACCUCAUGCCAGAGCGCCGGCCCCACCUGCCAGCUUUCAGAACUCGGCCUCGCUGCUGCACGUCUAUUGUUGGACUCAUCUACGCUGUGGGAGGCCUCAACUCAGCAGCAAAUUUUUAUGCAGGUGAUUCCUUGAAUGUGGUGGAAGUGUUCGACCCCAUCGCCAAUCGCUGGGAGAAGUGCCAUCCCAUGACAACAGCCCGCAGCCGUGUGGGUGUGGCUGUGGUGAACGGGCUUCUCUAUGCCAUCGGAGGAUAUGAUGGUCAGCUGCGACUGAGCACUGUGGAGGCCUACAAUCCUGAGACGGACACAUGGACCAGAGUGGGGAGCAUGAAUAGCAAGCGAAGUGCCAUGGGGACAGUUGUGCUGGAUGGGCAGAUCUAUGUCUGUGGGGGCUACGAUGGCAACUCUUCCCUCAACUCUGUGGAGACCUAUUCACCUGAGACGGACAAGUGGACAGUGGUGACUCCAAUGAGCUCAAACCGCAGUGCUGCUGGGGUUACAAUCUUCGAGGGCAGGAUAUAUGUGUCAGGCGGCCACGAUGGAUUGCAGAUCUUCAACAGUGUGGAGCACUACAACCACCACACGGCCACCUGGCACCCAGCAGCCAGCAUGCUCAACAAGCGCUGCCGACAUGGUGCUGCCUCCCUGGGAAGCAAGAUGUUUGUUUGUGGGGGCUAUGACGGCUCUGGCUUCCUCAGCAUUGCUGAGAUGUACAGCUCUGUGGCAGACCAGUGGUGCCUAAUAGUGCCCAUGCACACCCGCCGGAGUCGAGUCUCCCUUGUGGCCAGCUGUGGGCGCCUCUAUGCAGUAGGGGGCUAUGACGGACAGUCAAACCUAAGCUCAGUGGAGAUGUAUGACCCAGAGAUGGACCGCUGGACAUUUAUGGCCCCCAUGGCAUGCCAUGAGGGAGGGGUUGGUGUGGGCUGCAUCCCUCUUCUCACCAUCUAAGAAGAUGGAAUGUGGUGGGAUAGGGAUCUGGUACAAACAUAGGAGCUUUCUUCCAGGGGCAAGCCCUCUCAAGAGAGGCAGUGGUGGACCAGAAAUGGAGUGAAAUGUGAGCUUGCCAGAGGUACAGUUUUUUUCAGGUGCUUAAGUCCUCCCUCACUGCACUGCCUUUGUGACCUUAGGUCAUCAAGGUGGACAUUUUGGGACAGAAGCCCCUCUGGGUCCCAUAGCCAGUAACUCGGAAGUGCUUUGCUGGCCCACGUGUUCACAGGUACCAUCCAAGCCCAGCACGCACCUGCUGCAACCCUGGCCCAGCUCCCACUUGCCCCAGUGCUGUGAGCGUCCAUGUGCAGGCCUUCCAUCUGAUGCUCCUUGCCUGCUUAUUCUCUAGCCAUGUUGUGCCAGUCUGCCAUAGGAAGCUGCAGUGUCCAAGCCUGUUGGAAACUGGGAUAAAGCUGGGAGAGAAAGGGCACCCCAGGUGGCCUUGCUGCCUGUGAUGGUGCGGCUACAGCAACAUGCUGGCUGCGGGAGCUGUUCCUUCUUCCAUCGUAGGACACAAGCAAGCAGGGAAGGCAGAAGUCUUCCCCUGACUGAUUCGUGGGAAUUCAAUGAGGUCUUUUUCAUCUUGUCCCGGAGAAUCAGAGGGAAACAAAAACACUUGAAUGAAACUGAAACAAGAAAAGGCUCGAAAGAAACUGGAAGGAAAAAUACUUUUUUAAACCAUGAACAUUUUUUUUACAGAAAGAAAAUGUAAAAGACACUAAAAGCAAAUACACAUUUGAGUGGAAAACCAUCAAGCAUGGAAAUACUGGUAUCCGCUCCCACAUUCAGAUCCCGGGGUCCUGAGGCCUCAUAAAGCAGUUGGGGUUCCCCCUGAGCCCCAGUGUGUCUGAAAUCAGGGCAUUCCCAGCUAGUCCUAUAGCAAGGUGCUCACGGGGUUAAGUCUUCUGACCCACCAUCAGAGGAUGUUUUUAAUCAUAGGCUUAGUGAGUCGGCGGAGUUACUGCCACUGCCCUCUGAGGGAGCUGCUCACUGUGGCUGGAGGCGCCAGACAACCCUGUGUUGGCCUCCCUCUGCCACAUGGCGCUCACUCAGCUUCCCCACUCCCACACACAUUCCUUCCCUUUUUGACCAUCAGGAAACAGCAUGUCUGGCCAGAGUCAUACUUGUCCAUCAACCAUUCUUGGAUAAUUUUCCUCAUCGUGACACCUCUGGGGCACAUUGACUGUUUGUGUCCCUAGGACCUAACCAGGGGUUUACUCCUACCAGCCGUGGCCUAGCCUGGCCAGGUGACCUUGUCUGCCCUGCCAUUCCAUUGCUGCUCCAUCCACUUGCCAAUCCCAGGGGUCGGGCUUCCCUCCAGCCCUUGGCAGACUGACCAGCAAGGUGGACUUUCACAUUCAAGCAACGCUGGCUUUAUGAUAUAACUAAAGACUAAAAAAUAAAAUUUUAAAAGUCUUGCUGCUGCAAAGAAGAGAUUUUUAUAUUUCUUCCUCUAAUCUUGGCACAUGACCUCCUGAAGAGACUCCAUGCUCCUUCAUCCUCUCUGGAUGGGACCUUAAUGUAGCACAGAUGGUCCCAAAAAGGAGGACAUUUUCUAUUACCAGUGCACUGGGCAGUGGAACUGACCUUCAACUGCUGCUGCCAAAAUCUGGUUUUCUAAAAUUCUUCCAUUAAAGACUAAAAGGGUCUAAGUCCUUUAGGGUCCCACUCUCCACCUGGUUGGUUUCUUGUCCUUUGUUGCCUGCCUGGAGUGGCCUGGAAGCCUAUUCAGAGAGGCACAAUGUGAAGCCUGGGGGCUUUCCCCCACUCCAGACUGUCAGGUUUACCAGUGUGUGCAAUUGCCAUAGAUUCAGAGGGAUGGACCUUUGUUCCCUGCAUCUUAGGAGCUGGGCCUCUGCUCUAAGCACUUGAAAAUGAUGUUUUUAUUUUAAAAGACUGAACAAUCUAAUAAUGGAUAGAGUUUAACUAGGCUCCUUGUGAGCUCAGUAUAGCACUUCUCACUUCCCCUCCAGUUGCCUGCAGAGGUAGACUAAGGAGGAAGUGGGGGCUGGGGGGGUUCUUCAUUUCCUGUUUGGAGGAGUGUAUCAGUACCCAUCUUACUAGGAGUCCCUUUGUUUUAUGAAUGUACAGCAACACUGCCCAGCAUGGACUGUGAAGGUGUUGAGAAUCAGGCAGUGGCCUCCUAAGUGGGCCUUGCUGAGUGAGUCCUUAGAAUGCUAACUAGACUUCAUCCUUGGGACUGAUACUUCAUUUCCCUGGUCUGCUGCUGAGUAGUAACCUUCCUGAGUCCACUCCCACCUCCUGUUGUAGAACUUAUACCAUGCAUAUAAGGACAGUAUUUUGAUCCAGACUCUGAGCACAAUAGAGCAAAACACAAACACAAACAUUUUCACACUCACCCAGUCUGAGGGCAAGUGGCUGGUCUGGAUCUUUGGGGUUGGAGUGUUUCCAGGAGGAUCAUGAAAAUACAGGCAGCACCCAUGGAUGUUGUGGAAAGAAUGUUACGAAGUAGGUCAGACACACGUGGUGGCCAUAGGGUUUGACCCACCUUACCAGAAGACUAUGGUGUCCACUGCCCUUGUGCGUUUCACAGUCUUGGAUGACACACAGUCUUCUCUGGGUUUCACCUGAGAACACAGCCAGAGAAGAGCUGAAGACCAGCCUCUUGCCUGACCUCAAAAAUGGAAAUAGAAAUUCUGUCCCACUUCACCCACAAUUUAUUGUUCCACAGAAAACCUUUUAUUUAUAGAACGCAUGUCUUUUGUGUUAAGAAACCAAAGAGAAAUAAAGAGAACACUCUUAAUA